AAAAUGCAACGUUUCCGUUUUGUUGCUCCGGUUGUUCGGGAACCUUUAUGCAGCCAUAAAUGGGCCAAAUUAAGUUCACGCUCCACAGCUGGUGAUGGCGGAUGUUGUUGAAAAAGACACCAUGAAGAAUUACCAUAUAGCUUCCGAGAAAAUUAACCCGGAGACCAGUCGCUACCCUUACUGUGUAGUCUGGACACCCAUCCCCGUGUUAUCAUGGCUGUUUCCAUUCAUUGGCCACAUGGGAAUCUGCACUUCCAGCGGAGUCAUCCGGGACUUUGCCGGGCCUUACUUUGUCUCGGAAGACAACAUGGCUUUUGGAAGACCUACAAAGUACUGGAUGCUUGAUGUCAGCAAAGUUUAUGCCAGUGGCUCCAAUGCCUGGGACACAGCAGUGCACGAUGCCUCAGAGGAGUACAAGCACAGGAUGCACAACCUGUGCUGUGACAACUGUCACUCUCAUGUCGCCAUGGCUCUGAAUCUGAUGCGCUACGAAAACAGCAGCUCGUGGAACAUGGUCAACCUCUGCCUCCUCGCACUCAUUCACGGAAAACACGUCAGCUGCGCGGGCUUCCUGAAGACCUGGCUGCCUUUCCUGAUGCUGAUGGGCCUCAUCCUGACCGUGGCCCUGGCCGUCAACCUCCGAUGACCCGCUGAGGCGGGACGCGGACACCGUGUGAGCCCUCUUGGUGUCGGGGGAUGUGGCGCCAUCCUUCAGGAGCGAGUGCUGGGGGGGAACGGGCAUCACAUGGUGUGGAACUAGAAGAACAGCGGAGAUGAAGACGGCUUGCCUCUGAAACAGGGUUGUGUUGGCUCACUGACAUUACCGCAGUGUUGAAGCUGCCACACCUCAGUGAUGGGAUUCAUUUCUAUUCAUCUGUUUGGAUACUGAACACUCAUAAACGCGUCUGAAGGAAGAGAGACUACUGUGAAAGCAGGUUGUGUAGCGUUUCUAACAACUGCGUAGCUCAGAAACACACUCAGCUUCAAGUUCCAUGUUUCCCUCAGUAGUGGAUAAGGGGACGCUCCCCUGAUUCAGUGCUUCCAUACUUUUACUCUGAGGCCAAAUGUUCUCCAGAGUUUACUGGAUCUCAUGCUAACUCUAACCUCGCUCUUCCACUGCAGUUCACACCCGAACGCACAGGAACUGAUUGUAUUUUUGUGAAAUUUCUUACUUGUACUGAAAUCGCACCGCACAGACGCCAGACAGGCAGCGCCUCCCACCAGAGAUAUUUUCUUACGACGAGUCGCACGCGCUCACCUCACGGCCCCGCCCACACGUGCACUCAUCAGGGCAGCGGCCGCAGCAGCCUCAGAGAGUCAGGCCGGUGUGUUUCCCCCCCGACGGGGCCCUGCCUUCACCUGCAUUCCCGACCGCUCCUGUGUGCUGCACUUCCCCUUUUUUUCUGGUUGUUAUGAGUCCUUUUAAAAACAACGUUUUAAGUCUGCGUGAUGGUUGGCACUCCAAAUCCGUUGCUAUGGCGGUCACAGGCGCACUCAAAUCCCCUCAUUGUUGGCAAACGGACGGGGGGGGGGGCGGCUUUCCCUUUGUCCGCUGUGCUGCCAGAAGCAGCAGGUAGCCAGGAUCCUCAGGUUUUUCAAGCUCACCCCCCCCUGCUUAAUAUCCCCCCCCCGUCCCACCCCUUCCAAGGUCAGUGUGAGAGGACAUCUCCACGGCUGCGCCACAUGCCGAGCCGCGUCCCACAAAAAUAUCCCACUGAAGCAAGAGCAGAGGCGUGUUUGGUUUUAAAUGUGGGGCUAACAUGGACGCUCCAACAGACUCUGCGUGGCCUGUUUUUGUGUGUGCAUUUCACCCUUUGUUGCCUGUAAAUGUGUGACCACAGGUCACAGGCUUUCAGGUGCUUUUCAUGCAGUACGAUUGUAACUUUGCGGUUCAAUAGAUUCCUACGCAUCACUUAAGUACAAACUGUAGCUUUUCGUUCACUUUUUCAUAUCAGGUCUGUUCAGCCGCCUCGUGCCUGUAGUGGUAGAAAUGUACACAGUGAGGCGGGGGGCGGGG